AGUUACAUGAAUCUAGAAGUGAACUGCUCAUUCGGGGACGUGUUCCGACUCCCCCUUACCGAACGCAGCGGAACAGUACGCAGUUGCGGGACAUGUGUAGAUCUGUUGCAGUGAGUGUAGCUUUAAAUACGAGUUCCCCAGUGUCAAACUAAUUAUAGAGGAAGCCAAUAAUCUCAGCUGCUCUUUUUCAAACACUUUCAGAACAGGGAGAGGGAGAGCGAGGGAGCAAGGAAGCAUGUCAGCAGCGAAGCAAGCGGACUCUUGAAAGUAACAGAAACUGGACCGCGAAGAAGUUCAGUCUUUGAUUUGGACCCGUCUUGCUUUUUUUCCACUGUGCGCUCAACCUGUCUCAAGUCAAGAAUGUGAGAAUCUUUCGGAGACAUCGUUGCGUAUCCGUGACUUUUUCAGUUACUGUACACACUUUUGUUUUAUUUAUUUUUUUUACAAAAACAGCGUCUCAACGUAAGACAACUUAAAAGGGGGGGGGGGAAUCACUACACAAUUACCUGGAUUUUCUGUGGAUUGAGAUGGUGCAAUGUCCCGAGGAAUAUUCUCACGUGUUGUUUUUUGGUGGAUUUUGGUGGCAGUGGCCCUGCUGACCGAAGUCUCUUCUUUAAGGACACCCAGCUGUCAUGAAGUGAAAACAGCCUUUCAGCUUCGCCACAUCGGCCCCUUGAAAUGGGUACCCGAAACCCCCGGAACAGUCAUGGACCUGCAGGUCUGCAAGAAUGGCGGGCCCACCUGCUGCACACGCAAGAUGGAGGAGAGCUACCAAGCAGCGGUGCGAAGAGAGGCCCUGCAGCACAUCCGCUCUUACAGCUUUGAGCUCAAGUACCUCAUCAUGGGCCAUGCCACAACCUUGCAAGACACUUUCCAGUCUCUGAUAUCCUUCACCAGGAACCACACCAGCUCUCUGUUCGACAGUGCCUAUAAGGCCCUGGCGCGAGAAGCCCGAGCCCACGUGACGGAGCUCUUCACCGACCUCGCGCACUACAUCCUGGGUGCCAACAGCACCGUGGAGUCUGCGGUGCAGCGUUUCUACGACAACCUCUUCCCCCUUGUCUACAACCGCCUGAUCAACCCGGGCAUAACGGAGCUGAGCCCCCAGCGCAGCGAGUGCUUGCGGAUGACCAGGCAGGACGUCAACCCCUUCGGGCCGCACCCUCACGCGCUGGCCCAGGACCUGGCGCGCUCCCUGAGGGCCGGGCACGCCUUCAGCCGGGCUCUGAGCAUGGGGGCCGAGGUCAUGAACAAGACGGAGAACAUGACGCUGACCCGGGAGUGCGGGCGGGCGCUGGUGCGCAUGCAGUACUGCUCCCACUGCCAGGGGCUCACCCUCAUCAAGCCCUGCGCGGGCUACUGCCUCAAUGUGAUGCGGGGCUGCCUUGCCAGUCUCUCCGAGUUAGAUCAGCCCUGGCGCAGCUACAUCGCCACCCUGGAGGACCUCACCAAUGCCAUGGCCGGCGCGCAUGACCUGGAGUUGUCAUUGCUGGGCAUUCGCAACCAGAUCAAUGAUGCCAUUCUCUACACACAACUCCACGGGCCGCGCCUCACCGCCAUUGUGGACAAGGUGUGUGGCUCUUCUGCUGAGGGAGGUGUGCGUCCUUCCCCAUUGGUGAUGACUUCUUCAGACACACCCGAGCCUCCAGCUGAGGGCCAGUAUGGCCAUAUGGCUCAUUUGAGUUCCCUACCUCUGAAACCUUCCAAGAACGAUAAACCUAGAAGUCUGAAAAAGAUAUCUAGGGAGUUUAUGAGCUACAUGCAGCGCUACAAGUCAUUCUUCGCAACAUUGCCUGAGAUCCUGUGCGAGGGAGAGAUGGUUCAAGAUGGCUUCACCUGCUGGAGUGGCGAAGAUGUGGUUGAGAGUUACACGGGUCGACUUGUUGGCAAUGGCAUUCUGGCCCAGAAGCAGAAUCCAGAGAUGAAGGUCAGAGGUCCCGAUCCCAUGCUCUCUGAGCUGAAGGAGAGGUUGGAGCACUUCAACCAGAAGCUGCACGGGAGGACCCCCCGCCCGCGGGUGUGGGCGGAGGCAGGCAGCGGGACGCAGGAAGGCAGCGCCGACUGUGACGAUGAGGAUGGCUGCCAGGGCUCGGGAGAAGGGAGCAGGGUAGAGAGCGGCGUCGUCCCCAGGAUAGGCAAGAAGGAGAAGAGUGAGCAGCCUGACAGAGAGACGUCCCGAGGGAGGGAGAAAGGAGAGGAGACCACCCAGCGCACUACCACUCUUCGUACACCCAAGUUAGCUGCCAAGGGAACCGCAUGCUCCCACGGUGCCAGCCCACUCCUGCUCGGUGUUCUCUUCCUUUCAGCCCUGGAAAGGCAACUGCACCUUCUUUAAGAAUGUCCCUCCAGUCUCCAACACCACAAAGCUGUAUAUACCAUGCCUUCAGAGCUCCAGACAGGAAGUGGGGGAGGAGUGAGGAAAUGGUGGAAGGGGUGGGGGAGUGGCCUCCUUUGGGUCUCUGUAGUCAAAAUGAGGUGUUCUAGCUCAAAGGCCAAGAUGAUUUAACCUGCUGCUUCUCAGGCUGCUCCGCACUUGCUUGACAAGAGGUGGCUUUUAGGCAGAAAAUAGCAUCCUUUUUUGUACACUUGAGCUGCUGUAAUUCCUUAUUCCAAAGGGCUUCCUGGUAGAACUGUCUUCCCCCUCCCCACAGGUGUGUAACUGGAGCUAAACUUCGCCAACAUACCAAGUUAGCACAAGGCUUUGUCCUUUGCACUGGCUGCCAGAAUGGCAGAGAAUUGGUUUAUUUUAUUUUUAGCGUGUUUCAGAUUUCUAUGAUCCCUACUGUACACGUACAGUGUGUGUAAAAAAUGAUAACACAAAAUUAGCUUUGAAAAUUGGGAUUCUGCUAUCGCCUUUGUUUCCAUUACACUUGUGGAAUCAGUCAUCUGUCAGUAACCCAUUUAAACACCACUUCUUCAUUCUGGUCUACUCUUAAUUUAGCUGUUUUUUGCGAAUGUUGGAAAAGUGAGGCCAUGCAGAAAUGUUAUCCAAUUUAAUCUUUAUAUUUGUCGAGUUUUGUGACUUAUUUUUGUUUGAGAAUUGCUCUUUAGUAAAGCCAUACCUGCUCAUUAUAUUUUAAUAUGUAGCAACCAGUUUACAACCUGUUGCUCCCUAUUUUAUGCCUCAAUACCACAAUCUGCUUUGAAAAUUGGGAUUGUGGUAGUCAGAGAGCAUUUCAGUGUUACAGAGCACUCUUCCAUUGUCACCUGAACACCGUGGCCUGUGCAGGACCCCGAUGUUUUUACACCUUCAUAGCUUUUUUUAUGAUGCAGCUGUAAACAGUCUGACGGGACACAUUUUUGGUGCUUGAGAAGAGCCCUGUCUUCAGUCCAGUAUCUUGGUACCACUUUGCACAGAGCUGAAACAGGUUUUAGUUACUUCCUGUCUACAGUAAGGCCCCUUUUUCCUCACUGAGCAAUGUCAUUAAAAAAGCUGUUUUAGGGAUGUUAAAACCACGCUAGAUCUAUCUGCUUUCUGGUCGUCCGCAAAUGAUACUUCCCUUCUUUUGAGCAACUGAGAGCUCUGUUUUUCCUGGUGUAAACUUUGCAGUCAACUAACACUGAUAAAACCAUUUCCAGAUGCAAUGUGAUCAGCAGCAGUGGGUUGAUUUUCCUCUUUUGUGCUGUUGCAGCGAUGCUAAUGCUUUAUCUCUGAACUUGAUACACAUUAUUGCAAAUAUAGUAUGACCGAGAUCAUACAGUUACAGAAGGUAUGCUAGUGGAUUCCUUGUUAAUUGGUGUUCCACUUUGGCACUCUCAAUUUUAUAUAUACAGCUAGGUAGCACAAUUUCAUUUAUUGAAAUUAAUAGAACUAAUUUUAAUAUUAUAUCAUUGCCAGCACUCAAAGGAUGUUCUUAUUGUUUAAGACUGGUGUCACCAGUUUUGCUAACCCACUGAUAUUAUCUUUAGCACAGUGGACUAAUGAAAAGGGAAGGCUAAUAGUGUUAUUUUUAAUGUCCUGAAAUUAAAACAGAUAAACCUUUUGUUGAAUCACUGCCCAUUAUAAACUGUAUUGAGCAGGUCUAACUGGACUACUGGUAAUCUCCUAAACAGCUUUCAGGAGGUAUUACCCAAUUGUGGCCAAACCAUUGGUUUGAACGUAAUGUCUUUUUGCUAUGCAAAUCUUUCUACAUUUUGCUCUAUUUAAAAAAAGGAUGGCAGAUGCAUUUCUGCAACAUAAUUUUGAAAUAUGAAACAAUUGUCUGUAGUCUGCAAAAGGUCACGGAUUGCCACUGGUUCUAGAAAACAAUAAAAUCCGCCUGUCUCACCUUUUGACUUAUUUUUCUGUACUUUAGCACAUACUGUAGGUAACAGCUUCAGAAAUGUAGUCUCCUAUGCUAAGAUGUUGUUUGUGUAGAAUGAAUUCAGAAAUAUUUGUUACAGUGAAUUGCCUGCCGCAUAUCCAUCUGAUAUAAAAGUCUUGCAGCACUGUUCUGCAGGCUGCAUUGCUGACCUUACAUUUUAAAGAAUGGAGUUUGGGUGAAUGCUUUUAAAGGUAGACUUAAGAUCCACCUUUCUUACCGGCUUUCAGUUAAGGUAGGAUAAAGGAAAGUUCUUGACAAAGCUUUUCCAAAGUACUGUGACUUCAAAAACUUUAUGUAUAGUGGGCAUGCAAAUCGCUCUGUAUGUUAUUAAAGCAAUAAAUGGGUAAACCUAAAAUGAUUUUGCUUGCACAAGCAAGUUUCUCUGUAAAUGUGCUUGAGAUAUUCCUCACUAAAUCCUUUACCAUGCACCUUUCUGUGCUUUUUUUAACUACAGUAUGUGUUAUCAUAGUUUUCAUCUGAAAACGUUUUGUAUUUUGUAUUGUGAUAUCUGGAUGGGAUGCACUUGCUUGUUCUUUAUCUUACAACUGCUGUGCUUAACCAUGCAUUUUCCCACUAUAUGAUGUUAUAUUCUUCUCUUUGUGGUUUUCCUUCUUAUGCAUCUAGUAUCAGUAGUUUUACGAAUAUUUUUCUGCGAUCACAUUUGGCAUUUCCCAAAUCCUAUUCCAGUAAAACACUGAGUUUUGAAGUGGGGAAGUACUAUAUAUAAAUAUUAAAUAUGUUUUACAGUAGAACACCAUUCCAGGGGAUUUUGGGAGCAUUUCAGAUUUCCUACCUCACGCCUUUUGAUUUCAGUCCCUUUUAGAAACCUGUUUAUUGUUGAUGGACUUCAAAUGACACAUAACAGUGGGAAGAAAUAAAUUAGAAAUGCACAGUCCACACAAUUACUGUUGCACAACAUCAGAAAUAUAUCCAAAAACUACAUAUAUAUAGACAGGACAUAUUUAACAUGUUGCUCUGUCAUUACUACUGCACAGUUUGGGUGUUAUCCUUUUUUCUAACCUAUCUGCCACAAAGUGUCCAUAAAAAUCCAAGUAAAAAACUCCAAUCAGUCAAAUCACAUAUCAAAAUAUGUAAAAACAAAUAUCAGAUUGUUUUAAUGCCCAUUUUUAUUUAUUCCCUCCACAAAUAAGGAAAAUGAUAAAAAGAGAGAAAAAAAUAAUUGACCUUUGCUUCAGGUACUUUGCAAAAAUCUCUCCUGUUCUUGGCAGUUAUAUACAGUACAAAUCUGUUAUUUGUCAAAAGUGAAAUGAUUCUACCUUUGUGGCACGCAGACCUGCUCCUUUAGCUUAUAUAGUAAUUAUUACUCAUAUAAGGAUAACAUGAGUGCAUUGUUAUGUUUCAGCAAAAAGUCUUCGCAAAGCAAAGCAACAAGUAUCAUCUUAAAAAUGCCAUUGCCUUUCAGAUACAGUAUAUUUUGCUUUUUUUCUCUAUGUAUGUUUUGUAUUUUAGUUGUAAUUCAUCUUGUUUCACAAUGAGUUAUCUUAAAACCUGAUUUCGUUUUCUGUUUGCUUUGUGCACUUGUCUGUAACACAGUGCCUAUUCUUUUUAAAGCAUGCUAGAGACUGAGUGUAAGCUAAGUCAAAUAUCACUGCUCGUACGAGGUUAUGCAACAUUUCUGCUUAACAUUUAUUCAGACCCCUUUCAAAACUAAAAAAAAAUUUUUUUUUGAAAAUAACAUUCUGUGUACUUAAAAGGUUCAUUUAUAAAACCCUUUCUGGUGAGGUAUAGGUCCAUUUCAUAUAUUACAUGAUGACUAUUUUGUGUGUUUUGCUUUCAAUGUGCUAUUUUGCAGUACAGUGUAGUAUAAUUUGUUCAGUCUUUGUAGCUAAUAUAGUACGGUGGAUUUAUUUUUAGAAGAUGUAUGUAAAUACAUAUAUUUAUAUAUACAGUAUAGGAUGACAAGGGUUUGACCUGUGGCUAGUGUAGGAACAGGGACAUUUAUGGUUUAUCUUGUGUUUUUGCUGGACUAUGCAGAUGGGCCGACUUGUAGAAACAAUUUCUUCUGGCAAGCUUUCUUGGCAGGUUUGUACUCAAUGUUGAGAAAAUCACAAAUGUUUUUUGAUUCUUUUCAUAUACAUCCUAAACACACAUUGAACGUGCAACUUAUAUAGCAUGUGUAUAAAUGUAUAUAUUUUAAGUUACUCACCAUUUAAAAAAAAACACUAAAUGAGGAAUGUCUCCUGGUAAGGCUUUUUACAAGUGCCCUCUGAUUUUUCUUAACUUUUUCCGUGCCUCUGUCAGGAAACCAGGGAGGUUUUUUAGAAAAUCUUUGUGAGAAGGUGGAUUUAUACGCUCUUCCACUUUCCUCAGUAUCACUGUGUUGUUAAUGCAAAUAAGAAAUGGGUCUGAAGAAUAGAAUAGCAGUUUCUGAAGAAUAUUUCAGUCAGGCUAAAAGGACGAUUACGAAUUUCCAAAUAUAGCAACUACUGUACAGUACCAUAGUGCUCCCUGUGUGUUUGAAUUGUGUGUAACAGACUAAUCUGCUUACAUUACAACACACAAGGGAAAGACAAGAAUUGGAAACUUUAAAAAUUAUCACAUCACAAUGUCAAAAUAUUCAUAUACUGUAUGCAUAUGAGGGUUACAUUUAUGUGCUUGUUAGAAGCCGUUUUUCCUUUGGAUGUGAAAAUCCCCUGACCUACAGCUCACUGGGCUGUUCAAAUGUAUUUUAAAAUGUAUUUAAAAACAUCCAUCCAUUAUCAGAAGAAUCUCUUAAUCUUGAUAAGGUUCACAGCAACACUGAGCCUACCACAGCAGCAAAUGAGCUGGACAUAGAAUGAUUUCAUAUUGACAGCACUAUAGUUUUGCAGUUAUUUUAUAUUAAAAUGUUAUUUUCACAAUGCAUCAUCAGUCUGUAUCCAUUUGUUUUAAUUUUAUUUUGAGAAAUGUUCCAUUUAGGUAUGUUUCUGAAAGCAUUGCGAUAGAAUCCAUACACAUGUUCAGUGAGUCGAAAGAUAUUCUGUUUUUUAACAAAGCCAGAUUUGAACUGGUCAUUAACUCUGUAUAGAAGUUAAAGUGUGGUCCAGUGGAACUGAAAUAUAGCUGUGAACUGUCCUUGUAUUAUUAUUGUAUUAUCACAAUAUGAGUCAGAACUGAGAUGAAUUAAUCUUUAUCUGACCAAAGUGAAGACCUCUGUACACAAUUGAAUAAAUCUUGGUUGUUGCAUGAAACUGGAGGCUUUCAUAAGCAAUCAAUUACAUAAACGUUUUGACAGCAUCUUGGAUGGUAGGAUGCAUAAUACUUUUCUUCUUUGUGUUUGUGGACUGCCUCUACCUUCACAUUCACAGUGAGCUGAAAGUUCAGGGGACCUUUUAAAGAGCCUUACCUGUUGAAUUGUUUGAAAUGUGAAAGGGUUUGAAUUAUUUUGGUCUGAAAUGAAUGGAAGUAGCUUUUACUUCUAGGUUUUAAUUGGCAUUUCAAUAAAAGUCUUCAAAGGGUCUGA